AAGAAAAUCUACCGCUGGACAUAAACAGUCUCCAAAGAAUCGUUAUUUGAAUACCUUCUUCCCCCUUUCUGACUGCUUGAACAAAUAGGGGGCGACUCUUAAAUCCUCUCCCUUCCUCACCUCCAGCCCUGCAGCUUUACAAACCAGAGAAACAGCGGCUGAAAUAAAUCCGUCACGUUCUAUUUGAUUAAAUGUACAUUUUGCACAACAGGGUUAAGUCAGACUAUGUACUGCGUGGAGCAGCUGCGCCUUUGUUCCAAGUGUACAGACCCUCUGUGAGUCGAGGUCCAUUGCAGCAGCAUUUCUGUGUUGCAAGUUAUUGAAGAUUUAGCAUGAGCCACUCGAGUAACAGGUGGGCGUCGGUUCGAGUCUUGUGAGCGCGUUUGAGAAAUGUGACCUGUGAGCGGGAUCAGCGCGGCAGGUAUCCGGCGGCUCGUCGUCUGCUUUGUUUCAGCACCACGGACAGCUCCUGGCAGGCGGCACAGCUGUACGCGGUGUAAACUUCAGGGUACAACCAUCCACCUCCUUCCCUCCUUCAUUCCUUCAUUCAUUCAUUCAUCCCGCUCCAGCUCCUCUUGAGUCCACAGCCAUACCGGGGCUUUUAGGUUUAAACAAGUGAACGCUGCUGCUGAGGAUAUGUGCUGGCUUCAUUCAUCACACUGCUGCGCUGCACACUGAGGAUCCCUGCACAGGCUUUAAUCCAGGAAAACCCUAAAGAAGAGACGGACAUAGACGAUGGCCCUGGUGCUGUAAAUGGCCUCUGAAAGAAUAAAAACACUGGUGCUUUGAGAGCUGGUGCUGCUCUGCCUCACUGUUCUAUUCUUCAGAGCUGCCAUCAUCAAAGACUGAGUAGACGCUGACCAGAAAAACAAAGGCGGGGAUUCUGACCUCGCUCUGCCCAGGGAUAUGUCAUUGGGGAGAUCCCCUGUUUUAGGGGUACGCCCUGUGCCCCAACCCCUCUGGCUGUCCCACCUCAGCCUGCUGUGCGUGUGUUUGUUGCUCUUUGCCCAGGCUCCCUAUGGUCUGCCUGUGGUGGGUUAUAACACUGACUCCAAGAGGGAGAUCACACUGGACGGAGAUUUGAUGAUCGGUGGCCUGUUCCCCGUGCACCAGAAGGGGGAGGGGGUAGAGGACUGUGGGAAGAUCAAUGCACAGAGAGGGAUCCAGAGACUGGAGGCCAUGCUGAUGGCACUUGAUGAAAUCAACAAGGAUGAACACAUCCUGCCAGGGAUCAAACUUGGGGCUCAUAUAUUGGACACUUGCUCUAAGGACACCUACGCACUGGAGCAGUCUUUGGAGUUUGUCCGGGCCUCGCUCACCAAAGUGGAUGACAGUGAGUACACAUGCCCUGAUGGCUCCUAUGCCAUUCAUGAUGAUGUCCCUUUGGCUAUCUCAGGUGUCAUCGGAGGCUCCUACAGUGACGUCUCCAUACAGGUGGCAAACCUGUUGCGACUCUUCCAAAUUCCUCAGAUCAGCUAUGCUUCAACCAGUGCAAAACUCAGCGAUAAGAGCCGCUAUGACUACUUUGCCCGCACCGUGCCCCCUGACUUCUAUCAGGCCAAGGCCAUGGCAGAGAUCCUGCGUUACUUCAACUGGACAUACGUGUCAACGGUGGCAUCAGAAGGGGACUAUGGUGAAACUGGAAUUGAUGCCUUCCAGCAAGAGGCUCGUGCCAGACAGAUCUGUAUUGCUACUUCAGCCAAGGUGAGCCGCUCCAUGAGCCGCUGGAGUUACGAGAACGUGAUCCGCUCCCUGCAGCAGAAGUCCAACGCCAAGGUAGUCAUCCUGUUCACACGCAGCGAAGAUGCCCGUGAACUGCUGGUGGCAGCAAACCGCAUGAAUGUCACGUUCACAUGGGUGGCCAGUGAUGGAUGGGGAGCACAGGAGAGUGUGGUUAGAGGCAGUGAAGCUGUGGCUGAUGGGGCUUUCACCAUUGAACUGGCUUCCUAUCAGAUUCCCCAGUUUAAUGACUACUUCACUGGCCUGCACCCGUACAACAACACUAGGAAUCCCUGGUUCAGGGAGUUUUGGGAGAACCAGUUCCAGUGCAGCCUCCACGAUUUGGGCUGUGGAAAAAACUCGCUACGGGAGGUUCCGUUUCAGCCAGAGUCCAAGAUCAUGUUUGUCGUAAACGCUGUCUAUGCAAUGGCCGCUGCCCUACAUAACAUGAGGCAGGCCUUAUGCCCUAACUCAACCAAGGUGUGUGAAGCUCUCAAACCUGGCAAUGGCAGAAAGUUUUACAGGGACUACAUUCUCAAGGUCAAGUUUGAGGCGCCUUUCCGUCCACCAGACACAGAGAAUGUAGUCCGCUUUGAUGCCUUCGGGGACAGCCUCGGCCGUUACAACAUUUUCCACUACCACAAAGAAGACGGACGCUAUGUUUACCGCAAGGUCGGUUAUUGGGCCCAGAGCCUCACCCUGAACACCAGCUCGAUCCCCUGGGAUGGCCAGGUUGCACCGACUUCCCAGUGUAGUGACCCCUGCAGGAAGAAUGAGGUGAAGAGUAUGCAGCCUGGAGAUGUGUGCUGCUGGAUCUGUAUCCCCUGUCAGCCCUACCAGUACUUGCAGGAUGAGUUCACCUGUGCUGACUGUAGAUUUGGACAGUGGCCCCUUGCUAACCUGACAGGCUGUUACGAUCUGCCUGAGGAGUACAUCCGCUGGGAAGAUGCCUGGGCCAUUGGACCCGUCACUAUCUCCUGUCUGGGGAUGAUGUGCACACUCUUUGUCAUUGGUCUCUUCAUUAAACACAACGAGACACCCGUUGUGAAAGCCAGUGGACGUGAACUCUCCUACAUUCUCCUGCUGGGAGUGUUGAUGUGUUAUAGCAUGACUUUCAUCUACAUAGCAAAGCCAUCAACCGCAGUUUGUACGCUGCGCCGACUGGGCUUAGGCACAUCCUUUGCUGUGUGCUACUCAGCCCUCCUAACCAAGACCAAUCGCAUCGCACGAAUCUUUAGCGGGGUUAAAGAUGGAGCACAGCGACCACGCUUCAUCAGCCCGGCUUCACAGGUCGCCAUCUGUGGUGCUCUGAUCUCCUGCCAGCUGGUUGUGGUGGUGGUCUGGCUGCUGGUGGAGACUCCAGGAGUGAGAAAGGAAGUGAGCCCAGAGAAAAGAGAUGUGGUCACCCUUAAGUGUAACAGCAAGGACUCCAGCAUGCUCAUGUCCCUGACAUACAACUGCAUUCUCAUUAUUCUCUGCACGGUUUACGCCUUCAAGACCCGAAAAUGCCCCGAGAACUUUAACGAGGCCAAGUUCAUCGGGUUUACCAUGUACACUACCUGCAUAAUCUGGCUGGCAUUCCAGCCUAUUUUCUACGUUACUGCCAGUGACUACAGGGUGCAAACCACCACCAUGUGCAUCUCUGUGAGUCUGAGUGGGUCCGUGGUGUUGGGCUGCCUCUUUGCUCCAAAGGUCCACAUCAUCCUGUUCCAGCCUCAGAAGAAUGUCUGCAAUCUCAGAGUGGCCACCACCCGCUUCAGCGUCACCACCGGCCCAGGCUCCAGCUUCUCUCAAGCAUCAGUGUCCAAUGUCGUUCCAACUGUGUGUAACGGACGAGAAGUGGUGGACUCCACAACGUCCUCCUUGUGAAGAUCAGCUGAGUUUCUUUGCCAAGCAUCGUAAACAGAGUUAUAUAAUCACUAGUCAUGAAUCAGGUGUCUCAGAUAUUAAAGAGGUCACACAGACGAUCGUCCUGACUUUGUUGUCCUCAAAGUGCUGUGAUUACAAUGUCCCGAUUAUUUGAUUUAGUUCUUUUGCUCGUAGCGAUUUGAAAUGAGAUGCUGAAAAAUUAUGAUAUAUCCCUUGUUUUUAUUGAAGAUUCUACUUGGAGUAUGGAGUGAACUGUAGUAAAUCUGUUAAAUGUAAUAUAUACAAGACGUUUUUAUUGUAGAUUUUGGUGAACCAGUAUGUGCUCUCUUGUAAUUUAUGUAAAUAAAAUGUGUUUUCUAUUAAUACUAA